AUGACAAUAUUUUCAGUCUUGAUUAUUUGGAUGAAUGAUUGGGAGUUCGGUUCUCUUCCGAAUGAUUAAAGAUUAUCGAAUGUUGAGUGUAUUGUUUUGGCAGCAGUCCUUUGUGCCACUGACACAGUUGCUGCUCUGACUAUAUUAAAAGAGAAAGACUUUCCAUAAUUAAACGCUAUACUAUUUGGUGAAGGAAUCGUGAAUGACGCGGUGUCAAUAUUAAUUUUUGAGACAAUAUAGAGAUAAUUUGGUUAUAGAACUAGGAGAUAACAAGAAGAUAUAUCUAUUUCUGGGCAUGAUAUUGGAUUAGCAAUUCUAAGAUUCUGUUAUUUAUCUAUAGCAAGCAUUAUGAUCGGAAUAAUAAUUGGUCUUUUAUCAGCUUACAUCACAAAGAGACUAGUCAAUCUAAAAGAUCAUCCAAUCAGAGAGAUUAUCAUGAUAUUUAUGCUAGCUUACUUGUCUUACAUAAUCUCUGAAAUCUUGAAUUUUUCUGGAAUUAUGACACUUUUUUGUUGUGGGUUCACAAUGAAUCACUAUACUUACUAUAAUCUCAGUAAAGAGAGUUAAAGCGGUGGGGUGCUUGCUAUUUAGACUAUAUCAAGUUGCUGUGAAGCUUUUCUCUUUGCUUAUCUUGGGUUCUCAGUAAUUUCAAUAUCAAAUGACAAUUGUUCAUUUUAAUUUAUUCUCGAGUUGCUACUAAUUACUCUUGUUGCAAGAUUUUUAUCAGUAUUUAUACCAUUAUCACUGCUGUGGAUUUUAAAUUAUUCUGUUAAUUUCAAAACAGCUGUUUUUAUAUGGUAUGGAGGUUUGAUUAGGGGAGCUAUAGCUUAUGCCUUGACUUUCAGAAUUGAUAGAUCUAUUUCAAGAUAAGCUUAUUUAAUCAGAUAAAAUACAUUAAUGAUAGUUCUAAUAUCAACACUCUUUUUUGGAAGCUUGAUGUCUGUAUUUGCCAAGCUUUUAGGAAUUUCUGUUGAAAAAGAGAAUUAAAACAAGAAAAUUCUUAAGAGAUUUAGAAAUCCAUCAGUUGAAACUUUUGAUGAUAAAUUAAUGCAUGAAAAUUUACUUUCUCUUGAGGAACCAGAAAGAUAGCCUCGUUAUCCCCUAAGGAGAAUACAUUCACAGAUCAUAGAACCAUUGGAUUUAUAACCUGAAAACAAUAAUCUUGACAAAGCCCAAGCAUACAGAGCACUGAGAAAUUUUGAUCAAAAUUACCUUAAAAAAUACUUUGGUGGAAGGUAGACCCAUCAUCUUGAAGUUUAACCCUAAGUAUUGAUUAAAUUGAGUGAAAGUGCUAGUCUUCAAAGUGUCUAGAGAGAUUAAAAGUAUGGAAGCCUUGAUUAUGAUGAGAUUAACCCAGAAGAGACAAAAUAAUUGGUAAAAGAUUAAAAGAGUUUCUUUGAUAGUUGA